UUUAGGUAAUUACAUCAAAUAGAAUAUUGCUGUCAACAUGGCGCCAGUGCUGCGGAAAGCUAGAUAAAGGACUGCACAUCUCGGAGUGUAGUGGUGAAGGAAGGUUUUCUAUUAAUACAUUCGAAUGGUGAUAUUUGCCGAAGGGUAUUUAAAUAGUAAAUAUUUUCGAAUUUUGUGGAAAGGAAAAAUCCUCAUCGAUAAAGACAGCAGCAUUGAGGAAAUAUUUUUGCUAUAUAAAAGAUUCCCAAAAGAAAGAAAGAAAAAAAAUUACAUAUUUAACUGAGAGAGAAAUCUUGUUUAAUACAAUAUACACGUUUCUAUUAUCUCUCUCUCCUCUGUUUAUAUAUAUAUAUAUAUAUAUAUAAUAUAUAUAUAUAUAUAUAUACAGAUACACACACACACUCACACAUAUACAUACACAUAUUUGUCAGUCAAAAUAUACGUCUAAUAUACAUGAGAUAAUUAUUUCCUCGCUGUUUAUGUUUGUCUAGUGGAAAAUAUAUAGACACUUCACAGAUCCCACAAGCAUGUGUGAAGUACCAAUUGUGACUGCUCGAGCCUCGGUGAUGACCUAUGAUGAGCCCAAUAAGAAAUGGAUCCCUAAAGGGAAAUCGCAGGGCCUUUCCAAAGUUCAAAUCUUCCAUCAUACAUCCAACAACACUUUCCGUGUAGUUGCAAGGAAAGUGCCAGAUCAUGAGGUUGUUAUUAAUUGUGCAAUUUUAAAAGGACUUAAAUACAACAGAGCAACACAAACGUUCCACCAAUGGCGAGACAGUCGAUUAGUCUAUGGGCUUAACUUCACAAGCAAAGAAGAUGCUGAUAGUUUUGCACAGGCAAUGCUCAGUGCGUUAGAAACCCUCGAAUGUAUGUACAGGACCCCACCUCCUGUGGCACCUCCACCUCAGCCACCUCAGCCAUCAUCAAUAUAUCAACACAUUAAUGUCAAUGGACCCAAGGAACCAGAGACAGAUAGAAUACAGCGAGAUGAAAUGAAAAGCCAACAUCAACGUCAGCUGUCUGGUGGAGUUAACAAUAUAGGAAUGAAGGAUCCUUCACCCCAGUCUAUGAUGAUGGCAAACUCUGCUGGAACUCUUAAUAGGGAACAGGUAUCUUCUUCGUCUCAGCCGCCUGUAGCACCACCGGUGCCCCCUGCACCACCCGGGCCACCUCCAGCAAUGACCGGUCCACCCAAGCCCCCAGCUGCUCCUACUGUGCCAGUAGCACCCCAGCCUCCACCUGUUGGAGCACCACCACCACCCCCUCCCCCACCACCUCUUCCAACAAAUAGCUCGGCCGUAGCUGCACCUCUGCCGACUGGAGGAGGGGGACUUGCUGAAGCACUCCAGAAAGCCAAGUUAAAGUCUGUUGCACGGCCUGAUGAUGGGGCUGCUUCUGCUGCUGCUGCUGCAGGUGCUGAUGGUGCAGGCAAUGCUGCCCAGGCAGGGAUGAAUUCACUGGCUAGGCCACUAAUACCUGGAGCUGAGAACAUGAUGAGUGAGAUGCAGCGGAAACUGGCUGCAAGACGUGCCAAGACUGAGAACUCCUCACAGGAAGCAGACAGCAGCUCAUCUUCUCCUGAAGUUAAAAAGAGUAGGGACAAGACUACAACCAAUGGUAAUGGGAACAAAUUUAACCAAGCUCAGAAUGGCUCAGAAUCACCAAAAGUUACACAAAGGAUCAAUCCUGUUGUUCCAGUACCACAAAAGCUUUCCUUGACUGGUCAAGAAAUUAUCACUGUAUCUAAUGGUGGGGGCAACACAUCCGGUGAUUUUGAAUUGCUGAAGCAGGAGAUUGUUGCAGAAAUGAGAAGGGAACUGCAGAAAGUAAAACUUGAUAUUAUUGAUGCCCUACGCCAAGAACUUAGUAACCGAUAAAUUUUGGAUAGCAUUGUUGAAUGCUACUUUGUGAGUAUGCAGUCUGCUAAUUAGAACUUCCCCCCCCACUGCUGUGCAGCGGUCAUUACAGUGUGACAGACAGACAGUCACUAGCUGAACUACUGGAUGAAGAAAAAAAAAGAAAAAAAGAAGAUAUAAUAGACAAAAACUAAACUCCCAACAAAUUAAACCCAACAAACAUCAACAACAAACUCAAAGAUAAACACAAUUCAGACAGGCUACAACUAAAACAUGAAGAAUGAACAACACUAGGUUCUUUUUGGCCCAGCUGGUUUGGUUGAGUCUCUUACAUAUUGGACAUUGAACAAUUCAAAA